AUGGACAAAUGCUUCUUGUUGGUCUUCAUCCUCUUCUGCUUCAUUGGGGCAGUGACACUACUGACGUGCAUAACGUGCCACCUUUACCUGAACAAAGAUCGUUGUAGAAAAAGCUUGGGUGUUUGUUUUGCUGGGAAGGAUGAGACAUGCAUGACCUUAAAGAUCUUCAAGGGUGUUGAUCUCCAGUUAUUAUAUAUGGAGUGUCAGAAAUUCUGCAAAAACUUGACGUAUGAUCUCAACGGUCAGACUUAUGUUCAGAAAUGCUGCAACCGUGAUUACUGUAACUUUGAACCCUGA